AUGCCCGUCAACAACAACAAUGUCUCGUCUGAUCGCCAAAAGAACGCGUCCGCCGACGUGAAUGAUAGAACUACAAAUCCAAAAGAUGCGAAGAAGGAGAAAAACCGACUUGCUCAAAGAGCUUAUCGUAAACGUCUCAAAGCCAAGCUGGAGAGCCUCCAAAAAAUAGUCUCAGCACAUCACCAGCUCAUUGAGAAGUCGUUGCCGCCAUGGGCGAUAAACUUACCACCUGAACCGAGCAACGUUUCUAUCCAAGAAUCGGAAAAUCCGACACGAUCGACCAGUGACAAUGCGGCAUCUGGCGCUGAAGUUGAAAUAGAAACUUGUGCUGACUCCAUGACCUGCCAACAUGAAAAUAUGUACGAUGCACUGUGUCCGUUACCCGAGGAGAACGUCACGGAUGGACAUGAUCUGUUUCACUGCCCGGACGCGUCGAUGAUAAUAUCACAAAAGCCACAGUCAGAUCUGUGGGGCUCCCCGCAUGCGCAGUAUGGGUUGCCCGAAGACCUCGAACUUACGACAGAUUGUGUUCCUCUCAGCGUAUCGCCAAAUUUCGGGUUGGAAUUACCAACUGCGUCCCCGCGGUCUCUGGAUGCAGAAGUCGGGAGCAAGUCUCCCUCCAGCCUGCAUCGUCAGCUUCUUCGUGUUGUUGAACAGGCCACAAACGUGGGAUUCACGUCGUUCGACCAAGUCGUCGAGGCCUACUACAGCGGGAAGUUUGAAGUAACCUGCCGACUUCAUCAGGAGCAAAAAUUAAGCCGCAACCGACGAUUGCCUCAGGUUUUGGCCAAGAUUCGUAACGCCUCGAGGAACUGGAGCGAUUGGGAACGAGGAGGCUUUCAAGAGCAGAUCACCCAAGCCACGGAGGAAAUCCUUGUGGAUGAAGUUGCUGCGUUCACGGUCGAAUGUCCAGACAUAUUUCGCGCUGAUGAUUUAACUGGGGAGUUUGAGCCAACUCAUUCAACCAGAACCAGAGUCCUUCUCCGAGGAGUCCAAGAUAGAGUACGUAAAGGUUUCCUCACGGCGCCCCACUCUACCUACCUACUCCUCGGCUGA